AUGGAUCAAGAGGAGCCUGAGCUCUGUGACGUUCUGACUCCAAAGAAGCCAGAGUCGACGCAUUUCAUGAUAAAAGAAGAUGAUUACGACAAGAAGAGUCGUCUAAAAAGGCGGGCUAGGCGGUGCUUUUUACCUUGGGCCUCUGAGGCCUCAUGGUGUCUUGUCGCUUCCCUUCUUCUAGGCUUGCUUGUUUUCGCCCUGAAGCAGUUUGAUGGCAAAGCACAACCGAAGUGGCCCCUUGGUCUGUCGUUAAACACUCUGAUUGCCUUUCUGUCAACCAUCUGCCGAUCUAUUAUGGUCCAACCGAUCGCCGAAGGUCUUUUGCAGUUGAAAUGGAAUUGGUUUGCCGGUAAAGGACGCCCUCUUCGAGAUAUCCGUCUAUUCGACAAGGCAAGUCGUUCAUCCUGGGCAAGCAUUAAAUUGGCCACAAAACUGCGAGGGAGGUUUAUACCUAUGGGAGUAUUGGCUUCACUUGUCCUUGUAGCCAGUCUGGGGACAUCAUUUAUUACGCAGUCUACCAUUUCCUACUCAACGCGGACAGUUGUGGCACAUAACAAAAGUGCUGUAUCCUUUGCUUCUUUGCAAUUUCCUAUAGGAGUAAAUCCACAACUGAAAAAACCCAUCAUUUACGCCGAAGAUGGCAUGCUUCGUGCAGCGGAAAGGUCUCUUGUGUACAGGAUUGAUGAAGAUGAAGAAGGCUCGUCUGCACUCAAGCCGCACUGCCCUACUGCAAACUGUCGGUGGCCGAUAUUCAGCUCCUUGGCUGUAUGUGUGAGUAUGGGCAAUGUCACAGAGUAUCUGACCAAAGUCGACUAUUAUAUGACUCUACCAAAGGAGUUCGGGCGACUCAACGGCGGCCUUAAUAUUACAUCUCCCGCCUACUCAGCUGGUCCAGUGGCAUGGGAUAAUCCCAAUGCCACUAAGCCUUUAUACAAGUGGGAAAACUCGGAUAUUGUGCCACUAUCACUUGCUCAGGCCUUCUUUCUUUACGAGAUCCCCACGAAUGAAACCCAUGACACGCAGUUUGAGGCCGUGGAAGUUGUAUGGCACUACUGCGUCCACACUUACAACAUCUCCGUUACAGAUAAUGUCGCAAAUACAGAAUUGUUGGCGUCUGAACUGGAAGUAAGCCAGAGGGGUGACAGAAAUGAGUCCUUCACGCUACUUGCCACAAACGGGCACCGCGAAUUCAGCCUAACUUCCCUCGGUAUGAUCAUGCGAGCUAAUCAGGUCAACGGUACUGUCCAAGGAGAGGCUCUGGAGUCGGAAAUCUUCAUCACCGUACGAUGGGCAUGGAUUUCAUUUCUAGCGGCCCAGAUUGGCUUGACUAUCGUAUUCAUAUGGGCAGUUGCAGCAUGUACCUCCAACCUGGAAGUUCCUGUGAUCAAGGGUUCGAAUGCGGCGGAACUUUUUGCGAUUCGCAAGUCGGAUAUGGAAACGACAACACUCGGCACAGUAAACGGAAAGCAAGCCGGCAUUGACCAAAAGAUUGACAAGAAGACAUUGGGAACCCUGGUUCGAGAUUAUGAUACCUGGCACCUGGAAAUUCACUCCAAGGACUAG